AUGGCAUUUACACCUUCUUAUGGUUCCCAAAAGGCCGCUUUUGGACGCACUCUGCUCCUAUUACAAUGUAUAUCUAUACUAGUGUUCACUACCAUCUCAACACCACCUGAUGAUCCUGUCAAGUGUGCGUCUGGAAACUCGGACUGUACAGUCACAAACUCAUAUGGAGCCUUUCCUGAUAGAUCCACGUGUCGAGCCGCAGAUGUGGCAUAUCCAACCACUGAAGCCGAGCUCAUCUCUAUCGUGGCUGCAGCCACUAAAGCCGGACGAAAAAUGCGUGUAACCACACGAUAUUCCCAUAGCAUCACAAAGCUCGUGUGUACUGAUGGAACCGACGGUUUGUUCAUAAGCACAAAGUUUCUAAACAACACGGUGCGAGCCGAUGCAGUGGCCAUGACCCUGACGGUUGAGAGCGGCGUGACGCUUAGGCAGUUAAUAGCUGAAGCAGCUAAGGUUGGAUUGGCGUUGCCGUAUGCACCAUAUUGGUGGGGACUGACCGUGGGUGGUAUGAUGGGAACCGGUGCUCACGGGAGCUCAUUGUGGGGUAAAGGAAGUGCGGUCCAUGAUCAUGUGACCGAGAUCAGGAUGGUUAGUCCUGGCUCAGCCAAUGAUGGGUUUGCAAAGGUUAGAGUUUUAAGCGAGACUACGACUCCUAACGAGUUUAAAGCCGCUAAGGUUUCUCUUGGCGUUCUUGGUGUUAUCUCUCAGGUGACUUUUACAUUGCAACCGAUGUUCAAAAGAUCGUUAAGGUAUGUUAUGAAAAACGAUUCUGAUUUUGGGGAUCAAGCUGUGACAUUUGGAAAGAAACAUGAGUUUGCGGAUUUCAUAUGGUUACCAAGCCAAGGCAAAGUGGUGUAUCGAAUGGACGACCGUGUACCUGUCAACACAUCCGGCAAUGGUUUGUUUGAUCUUUUGCCGUUCCGCUCGCAGCUCUCUGCGGCAUUAGCCAUCAUAAGAUCAUCAGAGGAGACGCAAGAGAGGUUCAGAGAUGCGAAUGGAAAGUGUGUAGGAGCCACACUUAUUUCAUCUACACUGUUUGCUAGUUCAUAUGGUUUGACAAACAAUGGCAUUAUAUUCACCGGUUAUCCCGUCAUUGGAAGCCAAAACCGUAUGAUGUCGUCAGGAUCAUGCUUAGACAGUCUUCAAGAUGGGCUGAUCACGGCGUGUCCUUGGGAUUCACGUAUAAAAAGCGAAUUCUUUCACCAAACAACUUUCAGUGUUCCACUAACGCAAGUCAAAAGUUUCAUCAACGACAUCAAGUCUCUUGUUAAGAUCGAACGUAAAUCUCUAUGCGGACUUGAGCUAUAUUACGGUAUUCUAAUGCGCUACGUCACAUCUUCUCCAGCUUAUCUUGGGAAAGAAAAAGAAGCUUUAGAUUUUGACCUAACUUAUUAUCGAGCCAAAGACCCAUUAACACCACGACUUUACGAAGAUUUCAUCGAAGAAAUCGAGCAAAUUGCCUUGUUCAAGUAUAACGCAUUGCCGCAUUGGGGUAAGAACAGAAACUUAGCGUUUGAUGGAGUGAUUAAAAAGUAUAAGAACGCCCCGGCAUUCUUGAAAGUUAAGGAGCGUUAUGAUCCGACCGGUUUAUUCUCUACCGAAUGGACUGAUCAGAUCUUAGGGAUCAAAGGAAAUGCGACGAUAGUAACAAAUGGAUGUGCAUUGGAGGGUUUGUGUAAAUGUUCGGAGGAUGCUCACUGUGCUCCGACCAAAGGAUAUUUGUGUCGACCGGGAAAAGUUUACAAAGAAGCUAGAGUUUGUACACGUGUCAGUGAGAUAAGUGUGAUUCGAUCAGUAACAAAGAAGCCAUUUGCAAUAAAGUUGGUGAGAGUCAACAAAACUCAAUCAAAGACUAUGGUGUUUGAUUAUUCUCCUUCGAAUGGUUCCCAAAACGGUGUGUUCUCGCACACCCUCCUCGGGUUGCUUUGUAUAUUUACACUUGUUCUUACGGCUGUCUCAACACCACCUGAUGAUCCUGUCAAGUGUGUGUCGGGAAAUACAAAUUGCACAGUCACAAACUCAUAUGGAGCAUUCCCUGACCGUUCCACGUGUCGAGCUGCCAGCGUGGCGUACCCAACGACCGAAGAUGAACUCGUCGCUAUCGUGGCUGCCGCAACUAAAACCGGACGUAAAAUGCGUGUCACAACUCGUUAUUCGCAUAGCAUAACUAAGCUCGUGUGUACCGACGGGACCAAUGGUUUGUUCAUAAGCACAAAGUUUCUAAACCACACGGUCCGGUCAGAUGCAAAGGCCAUGACCCUGACGGUUGAGAGCGGCGUGACGCUUAGGCAGUUAAUCGCUGAAGCAGCUAAGGUUGGAUUGGCGUUGCCUUAUGCACCAUAUUGGUGGGGACUGACCGUGGGUGGUAUGAUGGGAACCGGUGCUCACGGGAGCUCAUUGUGGGGUAAAGGAAGUGCUGUCCAUGACUAUGUGACCGAGAUCAGGAUGGUUAGUCCUGGCACGGUCAAUGAUGGGUUUGCAAAGGUUAGAGUUUUAAGCGAGACUACGACUCCUAACGAGUUUAACGCAGCCAAGGUUUCUCUUGGCGUUCUUGGGGUUAUCUCUCAGGUGACUUUUAAAUUGCAACCGAUGUUCAAGAGAUCUUUAACAUAUACAAUGAGAAAUGACUCGGAUUUUGGAGAACAAGCGGUGACUUUUGGAAAGAAACACGAGUUUGCCGAUUUCUUAUGGUUACCAAGCCAAGGCAAAGUGGUGUAUCGGAGGGAUGACCGAGUUGCGGUCAACACGUCGGGCAACGGUUUGUUUGAUUUCUUACCAUUCCGUUCGCAACUCUCUGCGGCUAUAGCCAUCAUAAGAUCAUCAGAGGAGACGCAAGAGAAGUUCAGAGAUGCGAAUGGAAAAUGUGUAGGAGCCACGCUACUUUCAUCUACACUGUUUGGUACCUCAUACGGUUUGACCAACAAUGGUAUUAUAUUCACUGGCUAUCCGGUCAUUGGAAGCCAAAACCGUAUGAUGUCGUCAGGAUCAUGUCUAGAUAGCCUUCGAGAUGGAUUAAUCACGGCGUGUGCGUGGGAUUCGCGUAUAAAGGGCGAAUUUUUUCAUCAAACAACUUUUAGUGUUUCUCUCACGCAUGUCAAAAGUUUUAUUAAUGACAUCAAAUCUCUUGUCAAAAUUGAACCGAAGUCUCUAUGCGGCCUUGAGCUCCACUAUGGUAUUUUGAUGCGUUAUGUCACAUCCUCUCCGGCUUACCUUGGGAAAGAGACGGAAGCCCUAGACUUUGACAUAACAUAUUACCGAGCCGACGACCCAUUAACACCGCGACUCUACGAAGAUUUCAUCGAGGAAAUCGAGCAAAUUGCAUUGUUCAAAUAUAACGCAUUGCCACAUUGGGGUAAAAACAGAAAUUUGGCGUUUGAUGGAGUGAUUAAAAAGUAUAAGAAUGUGCCAGCAUUCUUGAACGUAAAAGAGAGCUAUGAUCCAACCGGUCUAUUCUCGACCGAAUGGACCGAUCAGAUCCUAGGUAUCAAAGGAAACGCGACGAUAGUAAAAAACGGAUGUGCAUUGGAGGGUUUGUGUAUAUGUUCGGAGGAUGCUCAUUGUGCUCCGGCCAAAGGCUAUUUGUGUCGACCGGGAAAAGUUUAUAAGGAGGCUAGGGUAUGUACACGUGUCAGUGGCACAGGUGUGGCUUUGUCAGUAAGUUUUUAAAUAUUAGUCUUCGUUACUUCUUAUAUCAAAUUAAGCCAUCGUGUGGGUCAAUAUGUAUUAUGAUAAGUUAUAUUGCUUAUGUUGUUGUAAUAAUAUUAUUAAUAAAAAUUGGCUGAGUUGGCUUAUAUGAA